AUAUGAAAGGUGAUAUGAACAAAGAAAAUACUGUGGAGAGACUUCGUGACUUGAUAGAUAAGCUUCCCAUCUCAAACAGAAAAGCUUGUGAGAUUCUGAUUUGCCAUCUUCAAAGGGUUGCUUCUCAUGCUGAUGAGAAUGAUAUGAACUCAUGUCAUCUUGGAGCUAUUUUUGGACCAUUGCUUUUAAGACCUCAGAACAGUCAAGGGUUAUCAGCUGUAUCAGAUUUUCAAAAUCAGUGGCUUGUUGGCACACUCCUCAUAGAUUCUGCAGAAAGUUUGUUUGGUAAUGAAAUGGACUGGGAGGUAGAAUCUGGAGAAAGCACUGAUGAAAUGUAUCCGCAAGAGAUGAAGAAUAUUGCCGGAAAAAACUCAAUGGUUCCAGAAGAGCUUAUGUUGAAUCCACGUGAUAUAGCCAUGUACUUGAAGGCCCUUGAGGAAGGUAAAGAAAAGGAUAAAUGUGUCAGGGUUAUGGUUGUUGGUCACUAUGCACAGGGUAAAACAUCACUUACAAGAAGGCUUUUCGGACAGACUAUCGAAGGAGUUGAAAGCACAAAUGGCAUUGAAGUACACAGCAAACAAUGUCAAAACAAAGGAUUCCACUGGGAUGACAAACCACCGAUAGGGCAUGAAGAUGAUAUGAUGAAUCGACUUGUCAAGGUGGCACUUUUGACUGAGUCGCUGAAUAAAAAUGAGGAACACAUUGAUGAUAUUUCAGAUGACUCUUUAGAUAAAACAACUGGAGCUAUGGGAAAACAAAUGGUAAACGAAGUAGAUGUGGCUGCUCUUGAGAAGUCCAGAGAGGCAUUGUAUGAAACAGAAACAGUUUUGAACGAACCUAUGGCAGAAAGAUCAAUUGAAAAGAACAGUUCUAACUUGUUUGAAUUGAUUUAUGACAAGGAUUCAGUUGCACAAUUCGCACAAAAAUUGAAUGCCAACAAAAAGAGAAUGUCAACAGAAGUUGAUGAAGACACUAUCAUUGAUAUAAAUGUUUGGGACUUUGGUGGACAGUUUAUUUACUACGCUACGCAUCAAGUCUUUCAUUCAAAAAAUGCAAUAUAUCUCCUAGUUUUCAAUCUGAAAGAACCUCUAGACAGCAUGUUAAUAGAUGAAGACUUUCCAAACAGCCAGUAUACAAUGAAAAGUUCCCUUACAUACUGGAUGGAGUCAAUACAUUCAUUUGUAGCAUCGCAAGAUGGCAAAGAACCUGUUGUCAUUCUAGUUGGAACACACAAGGGAGAUUGUGCUGGAAAUGAAAAUAAACAACUUGAAGCAGCGAUGGAAAUUUUAUGUACAGCCAAAACAAUCAGUCAUCUAUAUCCAUCAUCGUUUGCAGUAGAGUGUAAGGAUCCUCACGAUGAGUCUUUGGAACAGUUGAGAAAUGUUAUAUAUAAAGUUGGCCUGGCGAAGACCCAGCAUAGAAUGAUUCCAGCUAAAUGGAUUCCACUGGAGAAGAAACUGUUUGAAUUGAGAAAUAAGAAAAUUAUACGACUGGAAGAUGUACUGAAGCUGGAUUCUGAAAACAGUCAUCCUAUUCAAGAUGAAGAACAAGUUAAGUUGUUUCUUAAAUACCAUGGCGAGAGAGGGAGUUUGAUUUUCUUUGACGAAGAAAAGCUUCAUGAGUUUGUCGUGCUUGAUCCACAGUUUCUUAUUGAUGCAUUUAAGUGCAUUAUCACUUCCAAACGUUUCUACAGAUGGAGGCCAAAUCUACAUCAUCUUGGUAAUAAGCUCAUUACAAGUGGUGUUCUGGAAAUGGAUCUCUUGGAUGAAGUCUGGGGAAAUGAUGAAACAAAUCAGUUUUAUGCUUUCAAGGACGUUCUAAUAGCAUUUAUGCAAAGGCUUAGAAUACUUGCAGAGAUAAAAGACAUAAAUGGCUCUACUGGAUCAGAUCAAAGUGGGAAUGUUGCGAGAUGUUUCCUUGUUCCAAGUCUCCUGAAAUGUAAAGCUGAAGAAGAAGUGGUGAAAGCAUUUCUUCCACCAUGUAAAAGAAAAUCAAAUGUCUCGCUUGUUUUGGAACUAGAGAAUAGCUCGGUUCUUCCACUCAUAUAUCAGAGAGUUACAGCUGCUGUUCUAGCAAAAUGGCCACCAGUUUAUUUCCCCAAAAGUGACCCGCUGUUGUUUCAAGAUGUUGGAGCAUUUUUGUUGAACUAUGAGCAUGCGGGGUUGAUAACUGUAAGCAAAGAUGGCUUAGACAGUGAUGGCUUAGAGAUAACGGUCGUCAAUCUGUGCCCAACAAGCGCUGUAGAUGCAAGGGUCUGUGAACAAUUUCGAAGAUACAUCGAAAUGGUUGUAUUGCUUGAAUUUGAAAAGUUUUUGAGCAGUUCAAAAGAUGACUUGUAUAGAUAUUAUUUGCGAUGCAACCAUUCUGAACAUGGGUACAAAGGUAGUUUUCAUGUACAUGACUUGAAGCAAGUGAGGGGCAACAAAGAUGUACAUUGUCCUGAUCAUGGCAGUCACGUGGUAAACGUGAAGGAAAGCAUUGACCAAUGGUUCAAGAAAGAAACUACAUUGUCAGAUGAAAGUCUUCCAGAUCGAGAACUAACUGACAAAGAGCUUAGCAAAAUAGCACAAGCAAUAGGGAAAAACUGGAAAUUGCUUGGAAUAGAUCUUGGACUUGGGCAAGAUGAUGUGGAUCGUUGUGAAAUAGACCACUUUGCAUCAGGGGUCAAAACAACAAUUUAUUACAUUUUGAAAGAAUGGAAGAAAAUAUGUCCGGGAAAAACUUCAAUGAAAUACCUUAUUACACAGAUGAAAGAAUGUGAAGGACUUACUGUAAACUGGGACAGAAUAAACAACCUGAUUGAUAACUUUUGAUAUGCUAUAUCCUGAAAAUACAAGAGUAUUUCUUCUUGCAGUAAUUCAUGUAUUAUUCCAAUUGAAAAUGCGUAUUUUGCUCAUCUGAAGCAGAGGUUCAGUUGAGCUAUUGUGACAACUAACAACUUUUUCUCCUGAACAUCAUGAUGGAUCAUCACCAACCUUGGUCUGUAGCAUCCAUGUCAGUUCCUCUCUCUCAAGUUUAUUCAAAUGGUUCUGCUUGACUGAUUUUAGGGACCGCCAGUGCUGAAAAUACAAAACCCUUAUAACGACUUCUUCUCAUGGUAUUUGGAUCGUCACCAAAGUUGGUAUGUAGCAUUCUUGUGAAGUCCUCUCUCAAAGUUGUUCAGAUGGUUCUGCUAGCUGAUUUUAGGUGCCGUCAGAGCUAAAAAUAAAAAAAACCUUUAAACAACUUCCUCAUGAAUGGUUGAUGGAUCAUCACCAAAGUUGACCUGUAGCAUCCUUGUAGCGUUUACUCUCAUAUUUGUUUAAAUGGUUCCGCUUGAUUGAUUUUAGGGGCCACUAGAGCUAAGAAUGGAAAAACCUUAAAGAACUCCUUCUCAUGAACCACUGGAUGGAUCAUCACCAAACUUCGGCUAUAGUUUUCUGGUGAGGUCCUCUCAGAUUUAUUAAAAUGUUUACACUUGACUGAUUUUAGGGACCGCCAGAGCUAAAAUAGAAAACCUUUAAAUGACCUCAUCUCAUGAACUGCUUGAUGGAUUGUCACCAAAUUUGGUUUAUAACAUCCUUCUGUGGUCCUUUCCUACAUUUGUUCAAAUAGUUCAGUUUGGCUGUCUUUAGGGAGCCGUCAGAGCUAAAAGUAGAAACAGCUUUGAACAACUUCUACCCAUGAAAGCCUUGAUGGAUCAGCACCAAACAUUGUGCUUAAAAUUAAACCAGUACAUAAGAGACCUAGAUCUCGACAUACAUGACAUCGACAUUGGGCACAGAAAAUACAAGCCUGGAAAGAACAGAUUAGUGAUAGUUCGAUUUAUUUCAAGAACUGUAAAAAACAAAAUCAUACAAAACCGCAAAUCACUUGCUGGAUCUGAUAUCUUUGUGAACGAAGACCUUACGGCUUUAAAUCAGGAAAUAUUGAGCAGUGUUCAGUUGAAACGCAAAGAAGAUAUAUUGUACGCAUACACGUAUAGUGGUAAAAUCGUUGCCAAUUGGAAAACUGACAACAAAGUAACUCAGAUUCACUUUGAGAAUUUCGGGUACUGGCUAAAUUUGAAGUGACCCGAAAGGAGAACCUAAACACAAAAAAGACAAAAGUCACGGCUGUGACCACGACUCCUCAUUAUCUUGAUUUCAAGCUGUUUAAACUUUACAUAUCGGGACACGUACGAUAAAACUACAGGUAAUGUAAACGAUUACCUGGUGUUGCAAAAUCAAAUGAACAGGCAUAGUUAAUAAACAUUUCAACUUCUGAUAUGAGCAAAGAAAAACAUUUUUAUUAAACAAUUUCCAAACGCUUUCAUUUUCCUACCUAACUUUUAUAGUAAAAUUUAGUUUUUUAAAUCGUAAUACUAGUAUCACGGGAGGGGAUCCAACAUAUGUAUUCCCAAAUGGGCACCGCUUAAAAUCAUAUGUUGUGCUUCCGGUAGUACAUAUGUGGUAAACAUUUCACAGAAAAAUACGUGAGAUUUUUAUUUGUGAUUGAAUAUUGUGAAAAUGACAUUGUUUUGCCAAAAAUUCGCGAUGCAGUGCAACCGAGUAUACAUUACCUAGCAUGUAAGUGCAUUUACCUUACCUGUAUUUGUAGAAAUGACGGAGAAAAACGUAUCCUCCGUGAAGCGGUAUAACUGAAAAAUAGAAUCAUUUUUAUCAACUGGUGGAAAUAUGUUGUUUAGUUGCCCUGCGCCUGCUUAAUUUUGCCCUCGCAACCUUCCGUAU